ACCAACGGAUUAUGUACGUAUAACUGAAAUAACAAAACCUGCGAUGUCUGCCCCCAAAUUCAACCUUCCCUCUUUUUUAAUAAUCUCUAUACAAAUUUCUGUCUAGGGUUUCAAUUAUCUUCAUCAUUCUUCAAAACCCACAAAUCAAAUCUUAAGAAAACUAUCUCUUCUCCUCCUGUUUAAUUAGUUCUUUUUUAUUUUGUAAUCUUGGCUCUUGUUGUUUCAAUUAUUCGUUUUUCUAAAUCUGAUAAAUUAAAAUGAUGAAACCCUUGUUUUUUCUUGAGAUAUGAAGCUCUGGGGCUGAAAUAUUUGAUUUUUACAAGAUUUGGGUGCAAAGUUAGGGUUUUUAUAUCAAUUGUUGUAGAUACAAGUUUUAGGUUUUGGUUGGUGGUGGGAUGAGUAGUGUUUUUAGUGAACAGAUACUUGCAGACAAGCUCUCGAAGCUUAACAGCACUCAGCAAUGUAUAGAAACUUUAUCCCAUUGGUGUAUAUUUCACCGAAGCAAAGCAGAGCUGGUUGUUUUGACAUGGAGUAAGCAGUUCCACAAUGCAGAGAUAAUACAGAAAGUUCCCUUGUUGUAUCUUGCUAAUGAUAUUAUGCAGAAUAGCAAACGUAAAGGAAAUGAAUUUAUAAAUGAGUUCUGGAAGGUUCUGCCUGCAGCGAUUAAAGAUCUUACAGAGAAAGGCGAUGACUAUGGAAAGACUGUGGUUUCUAGAUUGGUUAAUAUAUGGGAAGACCGGAGAGUUUUUGGCCAUGGAAAGAGCAUCAAGAGUGUGAUGCUUGGAGAAGAAUUACCUCAACCAUUAGAAUUCAGCAAGAAACGUUCUCGUUCAAUCAGAAUUAUGAAAAGGGAUUCACGAUCCAUAAAAACAAAAUUGACAAUUGGGGGCACAACAGAGAAGAUAGUUUCAGCAUUUCACUUGGUACUUAAUGAACAUACUGCUGAAGAUGAAGAAAUGGAUAAAUGCAAGUCAGUUGUCCAUCGUGUUAGGAAGAUGGAGAAAGAUGUUGAAGUAGCCCUAACCCAAGCAAAGGAUCCAAAGAGAAAAACUUUGGCAAAAGAUCUGGAGGAGGACGAAAAUAUAUUGAAUCAGUGUAUUGAUAAGCUUAAAGUUGUUGAAGCAAAUAGAUUGGCACUUGUAUCACAGUUACGAGAUGCGCUAAAUGAACAGGAAUCUGAACUGGAGAAUGUUCGAACGCAGAUGCAGGUAGCAACGGCACAAGCAGAGGAAGCUGCGAACAUGAGAAAACAGCUCAAUGAUGAAAACUAUGUGGCUGAUUCUAAACCAUCAACUGUGACACCACCACCUGUUGAUGCCAAUGCAAAAGGGCAAACACCAAAGAAGUCAGCUGCCGCCAUUGCAGCAGAGGUUGCAGACAGGCUUGCAGCUUCUAGCUCUUCGCAAUAUAUCAUGAGUUCUGUUCUGUCAACAUUUGCAGCUGAGGAAGCUAAAAAAGCUGGGUUCACACAGCCUUCAACUACUUCCAGUUCUUUCCCUUCCCAACCAAACAAUAUAGUCAGCAACACCAUCUCACAACCAGAACAGUCAUAUCCGGUUUCAGACCCCAAUGCCUUUAUGGCAGCACAACCCCUCAAUGUUCAAACAAACACUCCUUAUCAUUCCAUUAUGAUGCCUCAACCCACUAUGCAGGGUCACCUGCCCAACUCCCAAACCCAGUAUAUAUCACUUGCCAACGCGCCUACCCAGCAAUACAUGCAACCAUCGGGUAAUAUCGUGACAUCAUAUGGUUAUGGUAACGGCCCUCCCAUGGCACCAGGACCACCGCCUCCCCCGCCAACUUACAUGAUGAGCCCUAUGGUCCCAAUGUCCCAGCAGCAACCUCUUGUGAUGAAUCAUCACCAAUCAGCAUUGAGUCAGCAAAAUCAUAUACCAAUGCCUCAGCAACCCCCUAUUCCUCCCAGUUAUCGGCCUCUCCAACCUCCUGGAAUGGUGUACUAUGCUCUCCCUCAUCAACAGCAGUGACUUCAGCUAAAUUAAGUAGACAGAAACUGAUACUGUUUUCAGGUAGUGGAAAAUCAGAAAGUUUUGAACCCUGCUUUGCACAUUGUUUUCUUUUUCUUUUUUCUUUUCUUGGAAGAUCGACACAAAGCGAUAUGACAGUUGUAUUUGUCUGUGGAGA